CGUGACGUGACGCCAUCAUCAAACAUGGCGGAGAAGGAAAACACAAACAUGGAAGUCGAUAAGGAAAAGAAAAAAUCCUUUGCUAACAAAAUUGACUCGCUCCAAGACGAUGCAAUCCAAAGAGUUGGCAACGACAGCAAUGUCGCAGGCAAGAAAAACGCCGUCCAAAGCCGCGCCACAGCGGAGUACUGCGAGAAACUGCAGGCGUGGAUGUGGCAAUAUUAUACAGGUUAUGUGAACUGGCAGAGCUGGAUGGCAGCGUCAGCCAUGUCCUGCCCUUAUUAUUUACAGUCAGCAAGCGGGACGUCGACGACAGCCUUGGAUAUUAACACUCAGAACUGGUUUAACAGCCCGUUUGUUCUCCCGUUAUCUCCCUACCCACCCGCCGUCAACCCUCCGAGCAGCCGGGCAGGCGAGGCUGCAGGCGGGGCUGCAGUGUCCGCACAGCCGCAGCGGCAGCUACCGCAAGAGAACGGAAAUGCUCAGCGACCAGGCCGAGAGUAUAGUAUUCCUUCACCUCUCCAAAGACUCCUUGCUGAGAUGGUGGAUUUCUUCAUUUUGUUUUUUAUCAAAGCAACCAUAAUCAUCAGUAUUAUGCACCUCAGUGGAAUCAAGGAUGUUUCGAAGUUCGCCAUGCAUUUCAUAGUGGAGGAAAUAGAUGAAGACACCUCGAUGGAGGAGCUACAAAAAAUGAUGCUAGUGGCACUAGUGUAUCGGAUAUUAGUGUGUUUUUAUGAGAUUGUGUGCAUUUGGGGAGCAGGAGGAGCCACUCCAGGGAAGUUUCUGGUUGGACUCAGAGUUGUAACGUGUGACUCAUCAGUUUUGGUUCAGCCUAACAGGGUGCUUGUAGUGCCAGCGACUAAUGUCUCUCUGUCUGCAUCAACUGUCCGAGCCUUAAACAAGAACUUUUCAAUUGCCUUCUUUUUCCCGGCCUUCAUCACUCUUCUGUUCUUCCAGCACAACAGGACUGUGUAUGACAUGGUAGCUGGUACAAUUGUUGUGAAGCGCUCUGGAGCGAGAUGAUGCAAAAAAAAAAAAGUCAAGAAGAGAGUCCUAAACGUAUUCAGAACUGGCACUGCGUGAUGUGUGUUUUUUUCCAAUGCCUGCAGAGCUCAGACAAGACAACCUCAGAACACACAGGAGAGGUUGACACACAACAGUAUGAACUUUUGUAGUCCCCUAAAACGUUGGUUUGGUUUGCCUCGGACACGUACUGUAUUUCUGCAUGUAUGUCUACAUGCUGCUUUUCUAUUCCUUUGCUGAAUUGAGUUGUUCUUUAGGAGAUAGUAAAAAUGACGAUAUGCAUAACUGUUUAAUUGACAUAGGACUCUUUUUGCCUUUUUCUAAAUUCUCUUUGAGAUUAAGGGUGAAUGUAAUGACUCACUUAGAUUUCAGUCACUAAUUAUGCAUUCAUGAGAUUAUGACUUCGUAUUAAAACAUGUCUUAAGAAUCUUUACUCAGACUUCAUCUUUGAGUUGUAGACCUUCAUCAUGAAAGGGGUGAUAAUCAUGCUGCUGAAAUACCUUUAUUCUAAGGCACUUUUUAAUGUACUGAUUUGAAAAGUUAAUCUGACCACAACAGCUAUUCCAUUACUCUGAACUCAGCAUGUGUGUGACUUCAACUAAUGUAUGUUCAUGCACACCUUCUGUGAUAUCAAUUUUUGCAUUUCAGAAGAUUAAAUGAAUCCACUCAUUUCCUGCAUGUUAAUGAUGUCUUGAUGUCAUGUCUUUCAGCAAUUUGGCUGAUUUAAUAGAUCUCCAACAAUGUUUUUUUUUUUUUUUUUACCAACAGCCUGUAGUAACACUUGGAUUGGCUUUUUAAACAAAGGCCUCCACUGUUGUAAAAACACAUGAAAGCACACACAUUUGUGAGAAGUCUCCAUCAGUGUUUUUGUAAAGAGUUUGCACAAAGGUUCAUUGAGACUGUUCUGGAAGAUAAUGGGGACUGUCGUAUUGAAAAGGCUAUGAUGGAUGUCCCUUUAUUGUACUGUACUUUAUCACCCAUUUGUUUUGUUUUUAGUAUCUCCCCCAGUGUCAAACUUGAUGUCACACAAAAUUAUCAAAAUAUCUUGUAUGAAUUGAAACAUUUUUUCCUUUGAAAUCUUGGAAAUAUUAUUUUAAAAGAGUAUAGAUGAAUUGGGAUCUCUCUGGGAAGUAAUUGUCACUUGAAAUGUAAGGCCCUGGUAUCUUUUGUGAAAUAUAUUUCAAACUUGGCAAUGUACUUCCCAAACUUCAUUUUUCACUUUACUCACAGAAAAGGUGAAUAGUAUGUAUUUCCAGUAUUACAAAAACAAAUAAACCUUGCAAGUUAGAAUUGUAA